AAUGUAAAAUAACAAUAGAAUGAUCUGGAGGAAAAUAGAUCCAUAAGGAAAAUAGCCUGGCGACAGGGCAGCACAUUCUUGUGAUUUAAUUAUGGGAAAACUAUUUAUAUUUGGGGGAUGGAAUGGGAUGAAUGCCCUUGCAGAUAUUCACAUUUACGAUCUGAAUCAAAAUUAAUGGUCAGAGUUAUAGACAAAUGGAGAGCUUCCUUCUUAUAGGAACAAUCACACAACGGCAGUUUAUUAAACAAAGUUGUAUGUUCAUGGAGGACAUAAUGGAAAUACUUGGCUAGAUGAUCUUUAUUAUUUAGAGACAAAUGGAUAACACGGAUAAGCUAGUUGGUACAAGGUACAUCCACAAGGCUAGAUACCUACAGCUAGAGCUUGUCAUUCUUUGAAUAUAGUUACAAAAAAACUUUACCUAUUUGGAGGUUAUGAUGGUUAAGAAUGCUUCAAUGAGAUAGAAAUAUACGAUAUUUAAGAAAAUAGAUGGAUAUAACCAAGUGUGAGUGGAACAAUACCUACUGCCAGAAAUGCGCAUACAAUGACCAGGUAACUAAAUAAUUAUAGUAGAUAUAAGGAAAAUUUAUAUUUGUUUGGUGGUCAUUCUGGGGCACAACAUUUGUAGGAUCUUCAUGUUUUUAAUACUUAUAAAUUGGAAUGGACUUAAGUUGUUACAAAAGGAACUUUGCCUAAAGGAUUAAGGGGUCAUACAGCUAAUUUAAUUUAAAAUAAUAUCUAUGUAUUCGGUGGGUAUGAUGGUUCAGGUAGAUCAAAUGAUCUUUUUAUAUUUAAUUUUUUAACAUAUUAGUGGGUGAUUCCUAAUCAUCAUGGAACUGGAACUUAUUUAUAAAUGGAGGAAGUAGCAUUGUCAUAGAUACCCUAACCUAGACAAAGACAUUCAGCAACUGCCACAGGUAUUUGUUGUUACUGAAAUGUUAGAAAAUGAUCUGAUAUAUAUUUUUGGGGGAUUUGAUGGCAACAAAUGGUUGAAUGAUCUCUACGUUUUAGAUGUGGGAUUGCUUGAAAAUAGAACUAUAUAAGAAGAAAAUUAUUAAAGAGUCAUUUCAAACAUUCAUAAAAAUUUAUUUAAUAACCAAGAGCUUAGUGACAUAGCAUUCGAAAUUGGUAAUUAGAGGAUUUAUGCUCAUAAAAGUAAUCACAAUUUAUAUUUGAAUUUAAGUUUAUUUGGCGGCUCAAUCUCCUCAGUUCAAAGCUCUUUUUUUCUCUGAUACGAAAGAAAGCGAUUAACGUAUAUUUAUAGUAGAAAAUUACACUUAUAAAUCCUUCUAUAUUUUUCUACUUUUUGUUUACACUGGAUUUAUUAAUGUGGCUGAAUUGGAUAUAGAAUUAAUGGGCGAGAUUUUAAGUAAGUAUUAUUUCUAUCAUAGGUUUGGCUGAUCAAUAUUUGAUCGACGGACUUAAAAAUCUUAUGCAAAAAAGUAUUAAAAAGUACUUAAACAAUGAAACAGUCUGUGAUCUAUUAAUCUUUGCAUAAAAAUGCUCAGCUCAUUCACUCAAAAAUGCUUGCAUGAAUCAUUUACUCAAGAAUAUAUCAAUUAUAUCUGAAACUCCAAAAUAUGAAAAACUAGAAUUGCAACCAUCCUUACUUACUGAAAUAACAAGAGCAUUACUAUAACAUAAAGAAUGA